GUGGAUUUUAUUUUAGACGUGGAGGCGUUUUUUAAUGUGUCACGAUAUUCUCUUUAAAAAAGUGUUUAAAAUGAACUUGUAAUUAAGGAUUUUGAGGUGAAAAGAGAAGCCUAAACAUGGCUUGGUUUGGAGACUUAAAGAAUAUUACCGGGAAUUUGACUGGGCAGUUAUCGAAUGCGGCGAACACAGCUGCGAGUUUCACCCGUGAUGUGUUGGCUGAAGGGACCGAGGAAGUCAGUGAUCAAGGCACGGAGCUGAAGAUUGCAGAAAGCAAGAUCAGAGAAUUAGAAGGACUCAUCGUUGCCCAACGAUCCGAGAAUGAACGGCUGAAUGAGUUGAACCAUGAGUUGACUGAAAAGGCUGAGGCAUCGGAGCUGCAGAUAAAUACCAUCUCACAGCAGUAUCGGAAUGUGCUACAAGAAAAACAUGAUGAGUUGGUCUCUCUGAAGCAGCAGCAGCAUGCCAUGCAAGACAUGCAGCAUAGCAUGCUGGCAGCAGCCACCACAGCAACACCCUCCUCAUCUGCCUUUAUGACUCACAGCACCUCCACCUCCUCCCUCUCUGCCUCCAUGGUGUCCAUGGAUGAGCAUGACUUCGGCGACAUCAUCUCAUCCCAGCAUGAGGUCAAUAGGUUGUCUAAUGAGGUGUCUCGGCUAAGGUCGGAGUGUGAUCACUGGAAGCAGAUGGCAAGCUCUGGUAAUGGAUCAGGGGCCAAGUUUCAGAUCGGUGUUGAAAGUAGAGCAAGCGGUAACAAUGAGGAAGGUUUACAGCUUAAAACAAAAAUAAAGGAGCUUGAGCACAACCUAACCCAUGAGAUUGAUCAGUCCCAGCGUGAGCUGUCCGCUCUCCAGGACGCCCACUCCCAGAAGCAGGCCACCCUCACCAAACGCCACAAGCAAGAGAUCGAGGACUACACCAACCGCAUCGAGCAGCUUGAGCAGUUACUACAAGCUGGCGACACGCCACCGACGUCCCCUCCCACUACCCCGGUGCACUCCCCUGAGAUCCCGCCAACGAAAGGGGCCGCUGAUCUUCAGAGCAAGGUCAAAGAGCUCCAAGAAGCUCUGAAGAAAUCCCAGCGUAACUUCAGCCAGCUGGACGAGUCUUGCAAACGCCUGAGGGUUGAACUGGAACAAGUCAAGCAGGUGGAGAGAGAGAAGAGUAAAACGGCUGAGGUUCUCAGAAAACAGGUCGAAGCCCUCAAGACAGAAAAAGAGAAAGGUAUGCAGGAGAACGAGACGCUGCGGUAUGUGAAGAGAGACCUGGCCGAGAAGUUAGACGCAGAGAGGCAAGAGAACGCCCGACUCCUUGGAGAAUGCGACACGGCCCGGGGGUUGACCAAUGACGGCAAGGAGGAGAUCGAGAGGAUACGCAAGGAUGAGGUCACUCCGCUUCAGGAAAAACUCGCACAGAUGGAGACGACGAUGGAAGAGUUACGGACUGAAAGUCACCAGGUCAGAUCUGCGUUGUUUGCUACUAAGCACAGACUCCUAGCCGAGUUGGCUGCUAGCCAUGCAAAUACAAGCUCCACACGGCAAGAGUUGCAUGAAGCAAGGAAGAAGUUCUCAUCUGGGGCCAUGCACAGACGCACUGAGUUACUGAAGGAGAAACAGCAACUCGUUAGCCAGAUGAUUGACAAUGGCCAACAGGUUUCGGAAGGAAAGGUUUCGGUCGCUGUCUUGAAGGCCGCCAACGUCCAAAUCGGCGACGAAACUUCGGAUAUCAUCGUCGACAUCGGAUCCCCGAGCAAAGAAAACAUCACCCCAGACCUGCUCCAGGCGCUGGAGGAAGAGAAUCAACAUCUCCGACACAAAGUAGACCACCUGGAGACUGAAGUCAGAGAGCUGAACGAAUCCUGCGCGUCCCUCGUCGAGGACAAGGAAAGCUGCGAGGGUCUCAUCAUCAAGCUGAACAAAGAUGUCGACGGGUUAAAACGAUCGAACGGUGCUAGCCGAUCCCGAUCGGGUUCCGAUAGAACGUUGGAAUUAUCGGUGGAUAGUGAGACGGAAAGUAACGCCAGACUUCACGCGAGUGGGACGACCGAUCGUAUUCAGUUUAGACGGCUGCGAUCGCCGUCGGGUACGAGCACGGAGUCUGAGCGAACCACCGGCUCAGGACAGAUGUACGCGUCGUCGAUGGCUAUGAGUGAGAAUGAGUUACCGGACAGUCAGGUCGGUGCCCUGGAGAGCUCGGACAACGUCAGCUUUGACGGGGAGUACGAUGAUUCCAUCAUGUUCUCUGGAAUGAAACAAAGGUUCCCGGAGGCAGCUCUUGUCCUGCAGGAGCAGAGUGAGCAUUUUGAGCUGAUCCGAGCAGACUGGGAUAUGGAGAAGCAAGCCUUAGAAGAAGUGGUAGUCAGGAUGAGAGAACAACUCAAGGAGAAGGAUGUGGAGCUGCAGAGCCUCAAAGCACAGAAGGGUUUGAGUGAUAUUGAUAAUCAGCAGACUGAGCUUCUUGAAGAAGACUUGGAGACACUCCAAGACAGAAUAGAGGAGAUUGAAGAAGAAAUGCAACGCCUGCAUCAAGAGAAGACUUCACUCUCUCAAGAUAAGAAAGCCUUGCAGACUGAACUUGAGACGCUUCAGGCGGAUUUAAAGUCUAGGGAAGAAGCAUCGUCGACUUUGUCACAGGAGUUGGAAUCGAUGAAGAGCAAGUUACAACAUGCAGAGGAUGCGGCCCAUCGCUCCUCCCAGCAGGCCCAGGAGUACAAGCAGGAGCUCCAGCUUCAGAGAGAAGCCUCCUUGAGAGAUGAUGGACAGAGGGACCAGCUGGAGGUCGAUCUCCAACUUCUCAAUCAACAGCAUCAACAGGCUCUGAAUCAAGUCCUGCAAUCCAGAGACCAGAUGAAGGAGACCGUAGAAAAACUCACAUCGGAAAACAUCAAGAUUGUAAGUGACUUAAACCAUAAGGAAGAUUUGCUGAGAAGUCUUGAAGAGCUCAGGACUAAACAGGACAAAGAUUUUAAGGACCUGAAAGACGAGCUGGACAGGAGGAAAGAGGAAGCAAGUGAACUCCGAAAAGGACGAGACUUGGAUAAUGAGGAACUUGUAAGUCUGCGGGAAGAGCUUCUUGAAACGAGUACAAUCAAGAAGGAACUGGAAGGUACUAACAUGGAGCUUGUGCUACAGGCAAAUGAGAGUAAAGCAAAUGUUGAAGGCCUUGAGAAGGAAUUGCAGCAUGUGAAGGAGCAGAGUGCUUGUAUGGUUAGUCUGGCUCUAAAAGAGCAGCUUGAAAGUAGUGUUGCGGACCUUACCAAUCAGCUAGAUGUAGCUGUUUCAUCUGGCCAGGGGAAGGAUGCUGAGUUGAACGGGUUAAUAGAACGGAUUCAUGAACUAGAGGGCACUCUUGGCGAUGUGACAGCUGAGAAAGAGAGGCUGGAUUUGGCUCACACGGAAACAAAAGAAAAAUUGGAAGGGCAGCAACAUCAUGCCGAGGAAGAAUCAAAGCUCCUAAGAAGAUAUGAGCAUCAGAUAGAGAGCCUUAAGAGAGACAAAGAAAGCCUUCAUCAGGAACUUCGGCAAAAUAAACAGCAGUAUGAAAAGACAAUACAAGAGCUCUCAAAGUCGAGAGACUUGGACACGAGCACCUUGCAGGAAGAACAUGAAAAACUCAUCCGUCUGAAGAAUACCAAGGAGACGGAGGUGAUGAGAUUGCAGAGCGAGUACGAGGAGCUCCAGGCUGACUUGUCGGGGACGAAAGACAUGCUGAACUCUACGCUAGAUAACCAUCAACAGCUUGCAGACAUACUCAAGAACAAGGAAGAGGAUAUCAAGAACCUGGCGGAGGAGAACUCCUACUUCUUCAAGGCCAUUGAGGAAAGUAAGGCAAAGGUCAAACAAUCUGAAGAUUUGCAGGAGAAGCUUCAGGGGAGCGAGAUCCAACUGGAAGCAGCUACCGAAAAUGCUUCACUCUCAAGAGAGCUUCAGAAACUUCGACAGGAUCUGAAGGAGCAACUGGAACGUAGCGAUGUGGAGACUAAGACGCUUGAGGUUAUCACUGAGCUAGAAGGUGAGGUCCAUGACCUACAGGGUCUGUUGGAGAGCAAAGAGGAGGAGGCUUCAUCCUUGCAAGGAGUUGUUGCGGAGAAGCGAGAAGCUCUAGCCAGACUUGAAGAAAAAUCCACCCGUCAAGAGACAGAAGUAGAAGCAUCACUUUUAAAGAUUUCAAAUCUGGAGUCGGAGGUUACUGCUCUGAGAAGUGAACUCGAUGAUAAAACUGCCAAUCUCGAGGGUGUUAGUGGAAACCUACAAGAGUCACAGCAACAGAUUGCCCUCAGCAAGGCAGAAGUGGAAAAAACAGUGGAAACUCAGAGUACGUUGCUCAGGGAAAAAGAUGCCCAGAUUCUUGAUCUCGGCACAAAGCUCGCUGAUGUUGAAGAACAUAGGAAACAUCAAGAAGGCGAACUCAUUAAAGAACUGAAUGAGAAAAACACAGAGUUGUCUUUGCUCAGUGACAAGGUGGAGAAGAUUAGACAGGAGCUGGACUCAAGGCAGCGGAACAUGGGCGAAAUGAAGGCAGAGCACAACUUUGUCGUCAAACAGAAGGACACCCAGAUCGCCAAUCUGAUUGAAAGUCUCGAGCAGUUGAAAAGAGCACCGAACCACCAGGAAAACAGGACACCAUCUCAGGACAUAGAGAAUGGGGUCAUCGAAGAGACUGUUAAGGUCACAACAGUGCCUGAACUCCUGAGUGCCAAUAUUGAACCAAUGCAGUCCAAGCAUGACCAUAUGCUGGACACAAUCGCCCAGUCUUCCCUUAGCGACAACGAGAAGCACCUUGAGAACGUUUUACAGGAGAAAGAUAAAGAGAUUAAACUUUUGAAGGAGAGCAACCAGUCCCUGACAAAGCUUCUUGGGGAUAAAUCUCAUGCUGUGAUGGGAAAUACAAUGCUCGUUGAUCUACACAAGCUUCAGAUGCAGGUUCGUACCUACGAGGCCGAGCGCAGUCAAAUGAUGUCCGUCUUGAACGAAAAGACAAGGGAGUGCAGCAACCAGAAGAAUGAGGUCCACCGCUUAGUAAAGACCAUCUCUGCUCAGAAGCUUGCCCUCGACAAGGUCCAGGAAGACAACAAGGAGAUCAAGCGUAACAGCGAGGAGCCUCAGAAUGACAUGCAGAAACAGGCGCUACAGAAGCUGUCGCGCCUCAUCCAAGACAAGGACCUUGAAAUCGAGGCGCUCAAACAGAAGGGCGAUUCACUGUUGCAAGUUCUGCAGUCGACUACUCCGAAUAACAGCUCCGACAUCUCCAGGGUACUGUCGGAGAACGAAGAAAUGCAGAAAGAGAACAAGAUGCUAAAGGAAGAGCGCGACCAACUCGUCGUCAGCAUCCACCAGAAGCAUCAUGAGAGCCUAACGUAUUAUGAGGAGGUGCAGAGGCUGGUUGGAGUGGUCAAUGGAGAGACACACAAACAGGCAGAGCUUCAGCAGAAGUAUAACCUUAUCUACGCUGACCUGGACGAUAAGGAGAGGUCCUUAAGCCAACUUACUGUAGAGGUUGAACACAGAGACUCAUCAAUCGCCAAAUUCCAGAAACAGCUGGAGGAAAGGAACCAGUCUGUGCUAGAUCUUGAGAACCAGUUGUCAAACUUGAAUGAAAGCUUAAGUAAACUUGACCAACAGAAUCAAGAAGGUGCGAGGGCAUCACUUGGGCACCAAGAGAAUGAACAGUUAAAUGCCUUGCUGAGAACCAAAGAGGAGGAAAUCACUGCCUUAAAAUCACAGAUUGAUGCACUUCAGAAAACUUCCCAAGAUUCAUCCAAACCAGCAGGAAUUGAAGGAAUGGUUAAAGCAGAAGUGGCCCUUGUCCAAACGGCACCGCCACAAAAUGAAGAAACUUUUUCCGUUGAAGUAAUUGAGGUUGCUCAGCUGAAAGAGCAGCUCGAUGUCCAAGCAAAAUCCUUGUCCAAAAAAGACAGCGCAAUAAAAUCAAAAGAUGAGGAGCUUUAUCAUAGAAUGGAGGAGCUUGCCUCUCUCCGGCAGCAAGUAGACCUUCAAAACCAGUCUCUCCUCCAACGAGAUGCCGCCCUGCAACUGAAGAACCAUCAACUGCAAACCCUCACCAACGACACCAAGUCCAAAGACGUCGAGCUUCACGGUCUCAAAUCUCAGAACCAGACGUUGCACGUGCAGCAGCAGGGCUUCCAGUCAGAGAUCCAGACGCUGAAGUCUGAUAACCAAGGACUGCAGCACGCCGUGCACAACAAGGACGGCGAGAAUAGGACGCUGCAGGACAUGAGCAACCGACUCGCCGUCCAGAUCAGGGAGAAGGAGUUUGAGAUCGGCGCCCUGAAGGAGAAGAAUGCCACCUUGACGAGGCUGGUGCAGGAGAGGGAAGUGGGUACUGCCGGGGAGCUUCAGCGACUGCUGGGCGAGACGGAAGCGAUGCAGAAACAGGCGUUGAUGUUUCAACAGGAGAGAGAUCAAGCCCUGCUGGCAUUGCAGCGCCACCAAGCCGACUUACAGGCUCAACAAAUGGAGGUGCACGGCAGUCAGGAGCGUGAGCAGCGUCUUGUGAGAGAGGUGGAGCGUCUUCGUGGUCAUCUCAUAGAGGUGGAGGAAGGGUACACCCGAGAAGCCCUCCAGGCUGAAGAGAGAGAGAAGGAGCUGAGAAACAGGCUGGUCCAGGCUGAGGAUUCUGCUAGGACCAGCUCAUCGGCAGUACAUAGCGCAAGUAAGGAGGCUAGUAGCCAGAUAGAGAGUCUCCUAGACCAGCUACACUCUGCCACUAACCAGAAAGACCAGGCUCUUCUACAGCUAGGAGAGGCCCAGGAGCAGGUAGAGCAGUACAGUACGUCCCUCGCCAACCUCCAACUGGUCCUCGAGCAGUUCACACAAGAAAAAGAGGCAGAGAUUGCGGCCGAUAUAGAGAGGUACAAAUUUCGAGCUGAUGAGAAGGACAAAGUGGCUGGGCAACUCUUCAAACAGAAUGUGGAGCUACAAGAGCGUCUAGCGGCAACGACAGAGGCUUUAGAUGCCGCAUCAAGACUCAGUGAGCAGUUGGACAGGAAGGAGGAAGUAGCUGUCAAACUCAGAGAAGAACUGUACAAGAAGGAGGAGCUUCUUCAUCAGUACGAGGCAAGGUUUGAAGAGUUUGGGAACGCCAGGGACAGCAAAGUGGACAAACCACUGAUGAAGAACUUAGUCCUUGGAUACUUCCACGCCCCUCCAAAGAAGCGCUCGGAAGUCCUCAAACUCAUCGGCAAUGUGCUCAACUUCUCCAUAGAUGAGCUGCAGACGGUCGGUGUUGAAGAGAACCAAGGAGGUUGGUUGUCAGGAAUAUGGGGACGGGGAACGCCAUCAAGUACCCCUCCCUCGACACCAAGAAGAUCAAAGAUGGAAAAUUCCUUCACGGAGCAGUUUGUCAAGUUCCUUGAACACGAGUCUUCGCCGACGCCCAAGAUGCGCCUUCCCCUUGAAGAGAUGACCAGUGAGAAGCCAAGGAGCCCCCGGGGUCAACUAGCCUUCAACCCGUUCUCCGCCCCGGUGCCCCAAUACUCGCCCUUCAUGCACCACCCUGAGCCCAGGAGUGGAUCCGGUGAGCCCCAUCAUCAGCUGAUGAAGCCCAUGCUUGCCCCUAAGUCCGUCCUGCCGGCCGUUCCGACCAUCGCGCCGAUCGUCAUCGGUGAGGCAGCGUCGGGUAGAAGCUCCCCAGGAAGUAGAAGCUCGGGGCUGUCAGAUAUCCUGCAAUAACGAUCCUACAAAUUUAUGGUAAUAGACCUUAUGCAAAUGACAUCGUUUGAUUAGGGCGCCCUCGUCUAGAGGUCAAAAGGAGGCACUUCAUUGACCAAUCCUGUGCGCUGACGAUGAAACAUUUCUCGGAUGGGUAUGUCCAAUUGUGGAUUAUUAAAAAUAUUCUUUUUCUUUAAAAAUAAUUGUUUAAUUUAUAAAUUGUUCAAAUAUAUUGGGGACCUCAGUGAGAGGACGCAGCUGUUGUAUUUAAAAAAAAACAAUGAUGGGUUUUGAUGAAAUUAAGUCGCUUAUACUGCCAAAUUUGAUGCUAAUUUAUUUCACAAUUUAAUUCUAAGUAAUAAACCACAAGGGAAACUCUGGGUAUUAACCCCAUCACAAAGAUGUAGACAAGAUAGGGACACACGCCAACCUAUGGGCUAUUACCGGUACGUUAGUCCUGACCAGUGACUGGGAUGCUGCAGGUUCCGCUCUUCUUUGUUCAGACCAAAUUACGAUGGUAUUUUUUUUUUAUAGAUAUCUACUUCUCAGAACCAGAGAACUGAUCAGCAGGUGUUUCAGAACCACAAACAAAAUUCAAGUGGGCUAAAUUGAACAGUAGAUGUGUGCUAGAUAUUAAUUGAUAAUUUAAAAUGUUUUUAUUGUCAAUUCAAAAUACGCCUUGAGUGGUCUACAGUUGCCUUUGAAUAUUAAGCUAGAUGAUAUAUUCUUUGUGUACGGGCAAUUCGGUGUGACCUUGGUCAAGUGAAUGACUCAAGGGACACCAAGGCGGUGACCAGUGGGCAUGGAGGCGAUUGCCUCUGUUGCCUCUGUGAAGUAUCAUGCCAGAAUCUAUUAUUGCAUUAUUAGGCUUGUUUUGCCCUUUGUUUCUAUGUUUUAAUAAGCUUACAGACAUUUAUUUAUAAGUACUUUAAUUUAGAAACCCUGAAAGCAUUCAGCUAUUUCUUAGGUUUUUAAAUUUUCAUUAAUUGUUUCAAUUCUUAAUUUCCUUUUUGUUUAUUGAUACGACAAACUAGUUUUAAUUAAUUAAUAUGCUUAACAUAUUGAUGUUUGUUGAGUUUGGUUUAAAGUUUUAGUUUCUAUGUUAUUAUAUGAGAGAUGUUUUAUUUCAGUAAUUUCCAGGAAACUAUUGAAACAGAAAUUUGUGACUGAAAUCUUGAUCAAAAUCGCCAGGACACUGACAUAAAAAAAGAUUAAAUUAGGAUAGACUUUUGUUAUUUUAUGUUUUGAGGGUUACUCAAGUUUCCUUCAAGUUAUUUCUUUGGCUUUGGCUAUGGGUUUAUCCUUGCUCAAGGCAGUCAAAUUAUUCAUUACGAAAAAAAGACUGCCGCUCUGUACAAAACCCACCCGUAUACACUAUGUGCGUAACACAUCGCGCGACCUGACGCCCCAUACACAUCCGCAUGCGUCGACUGGGUACGGCCUCCGCAUGCAGUUAGUGGUACGAGUGCGGAUUACUUGUGCACAGUAGUCGUACGACGGGUAUUCAGCGAUGUGACAGUGUAUACGGGUGGGUCGUGCAGUGUGAUUAAACACACCACACACAGUGUAUACGGAUGGGUUUACAACGGCGUCUUUUUCGGAGUGAAUAUAAUGCGACUGCCUUUAGCAACGCUACUAAGGCUUGGGCUUGGGAUUAGGGUCGGAACAACAUUUUGAAGCUUAUGCCAAAAGCACAUUAGGUGUGGUUUGGGAAUAUUCAGAUUAAAACAUCUGGGUUUUUUGGGUGUUUUUUUUUAAAGCCAGGCCUGAUGCUUCGAUUUUGAAAGGGCAAAGGCAUUGAGGCGCUUUUCUCCUUUGUUCAGAGCAUUCUAAUGAGGUAAUUGUAAAUUCUGUUGAAACAUUUCGAGGGGCACCGAGGCAAUUACCAGGGGCAAUCGAGCUGUGAAAUAUCAAGCCUGCCAUAGUGUAUUUUUUCAAGUAUUAUACCAUUUAGUAUUUCUCUGAAAAAGUGGGAAACGUUCUGUGUUUUGGGAUCGAGUAGCUGUGAAUGGGGGUGAAGGAAGAUUUUUUAUAUUUUUGUUGUUUUCUGAGGGGUGUUCUUUGUUGUUCUUUUUCAGAUUUUGCUUAAAAAUGCAACUUUAAUAUAAUUUUUCAAAAACUUGUAUCAUAAACUGUGUAUAUUAUAAAGGAUAAUGUAUAUACUAAAUUAAAGAAAGUCUAACUUUGGUCUCGAAGCUUUAGCAGA